GUCCGUUAUAAGCUUAUUGCAUUACAUAUCGAGUACUAAAAUGCAGUGCGUUAAUCUUAGUGGAAGCAACGAACAAAUGCCCAUCGUGGGUUUAGGUACUUGGCAAGCUACUCCUGAAGAAAUCGAAAAUAUUAUUGAUAUUGCAUUGGAAAGUGGUUACAGGCAUAUAGACACCGCUUUCGUAUAUAAUAACGAGGAAGCUAUUGGAAAUGCAUUGAAGAGAUGGAUCGAGGGAGGGAAAAUUAAACGCGAAGAACUUUUUGUAACGACCAAGCUUCCAGUUUUUGGAAAUCGAGCCGCAGAUGUAGAAAAUUUUUUAAGAAUAUCUUUGAACCGUUUGAAACUCACGUACGUUGAUUUAUACCUAAUCCAUUUACCAUUUGCACUUUUCUGUGACAAAGAAAUAUUACAACCAGCAAAAAAUGAAGACGGAUCCGUUAUAAUCGAUUUUGAAAAUGAUAAUCUUGCUACUUGGAAGGUGAUGGAAGAGCAAGUCAGAAAAGGAUUGGUUAAAGCAAUUGGUUUGUCGAACUUUAACGAGAAUCAAGUCAAAGAAAUAUACGACCUGGCUGCUAUUAAACCAGCGGUCUUGCAAAUAGAAAUGCAUGCAUAUUUGCAACAGCCAAAUAUCGUAGAAGUCUGUAAUAAAUUAAAUAUUGCUAUUACAGCAUAUUCCCCACUUGGUAGUCCUGGGGCUCAACGACAUUUCUUAACAAAAUACGACUAUAAAAUUGAAGAUUUUCCGGAUUUAUUGCACGAUCCUUUAAUCUUGACAUUAUCAGAUAAAUACAAGAAGAGCGUAGGCCAGAUUCUAUUAAAACAUUUAGCACAGAAAGGCAUCAUUGUUAUUCCAAAGAGCAGCAAUCCUCAGAGAAUCAAAGACAAUAUCGAUGUAUUUGGUUUUAUGCUGGAAGACGAGGACAUUGCGAAGAUAGACAAAUUAGAUAAAGGAGAAAAGGGGAGGAUUUUCAAUUUCUUGUUCUUCAAGGAUGUUGAUAAACAUCCACAAUAUCCAUUCAAAUAUUAAGCAAACGAUGUAUUUAAAAAAGAUACAAAAAAUAAAGUUACAGUUAUUAUAAUCGAA